GUAUAUAUUUUCGUUGGCGCUGGCCGAUUUGCUUGUGAUCAUAAUAUGUGUGCCAUUGGCAUCGCUAGUAUAUACACUUGAGUCAUGGCCGUGGGGUUCAGCGUUGUGUCGCAUCACGGAAUGUGCUAAGGACAUAUCAAUCGGUGUAUCGGUAUUCACACUAACCGCACUAUCAGCCGAACGUUAUUGUGCCAUUGUGAAUCCAUUGCGGAAGCUACAGACCAAGCCAUUGACCGUCAUAACGGCACUUUUCAUUUGGCUAUUAGCUAUAAUUUGUGCAACACCAUCCGCCAUCAUGUCUGAAGCAGUCACCGUUAUACUCAACAAUACCACUAAUCAAACCAUCAUCACAUGCACGCCAUUCGGACCAGAAGGACCCACGUCCAGGACAUAUGCUCG